GUCUGGGAGGAGCUUACACCAGUACCCCAACUGAUGGAAUUACUGGCAUGGUAAGAUGACGUUCUAUUAUCAGACGUCUAUAAUUUUGUUCUCCACAUGUAAAGUGUUUGAAACAACUCGUUUCAUAGAUAAAAUCCCUAUUCGAGAAAUGUUUUAAGGCAACUGUACAGUGGAUGAUUCCAGCUAUAGACUAAAUUUUGAUCUCGGCAAGAAGAACAAAAUCCAUCACCACAGCUAGAAAGAGCAUGUUAAAAUUUGUAAAAUUGCAAAGUUUGAAUUGGUUGCGAAAUGUUGUAAAAUGAGGAGAAUAUAGCUUUAUGUACGAGAUUUGCAAAUUUUGUAUUAAUUUGUAUAACGCUCCUUUACGCACGGGGAAUUGCACCACUUUUGGCCCAAAUGUGGUGCAUUUUCCCGCGCGUAAUACAAAUUAAUACAAAAUUUGCAAAUUUCGCAGGGCUAUAUUUUCCGCAUUUUACAACAUUUCGCGGUCAAAAUUUGCACUUUUACUAAUUUCAACAUGCUCUUUCUAGCUAUGCUGAUGGAUUUUGUUCUUCUUGCCUAGAUCAAAAUUUAGUCUAUGGUCUGGAAUUGCCUAUUGUUAUUUAACACGAUGAGAGACCAUCAUGAUAGACCUUCAGCCAAUGCUAUAUAUUGUACGAUACUAUAAAGCUUAGUAGCACGUAUUGAAUGCUCAAUGAUCUUAAUGGUUCUUAAUCUCCCCAAAGAUUUUAACCUUUUUGUUUUUAGUUAUCUUAUAUGUUGUAUACAGCUAUUUCAAUUAAGGUUGUCCUCCGAGUAAAGCGGAAAAGUCGAAUACGAGCGCGAAAGGCUGCUGGGAAUCACUAAUAAAUGAAUGAAUUUAUUAGCGAUUCCCAGCAGCCUUUCGCGCUCGUAUUCGACUUUCCCGCUUUGCUCGGGGGACAACCUUAAUUGAAAUAGUUGUAUAUACGUACUGUACUAUAGUGUACUACUUAUCUGUGCACUACAUACUGUAUGUCAAAUAUAUACUAAAUGGGUAGUACCGACGUGAACUUGCUGUGCUGAGUGGUUAUAUUACUACCUGAAAAAAAAACAAGCAGAAACUCGACGUUUCGAGCGAAGGCCCUUCGCCAAGAGUUAGUAGUCUUGACGAAGGACCUUCGCUCGAAACGUCGAGUUUCGCUUGUCAGUUUUUUUCAGGUAGUAAUAUAACCACUCAGCACGGCAACUACAUAGGUCAUGAGUUUUGUACAGUUGCCAAUAGGCAAUUUUUGUCGUGUUGCCAGUUCGUAUACUGUGUUGUUAACUUACUAGUUCUUAUACAUUUACAUAUAGAUAUUCUCUUUGUCGAUGUGAGCUUGUUCUGAUGGGCUAUUAUAGUUCUGCCAUUAUAACACCUUCCUUCGCUUUCUUGAAAUAAUAUCCUUUUCUCAGUCAAUAACAAAUUUGUUCUAAAUCAGAGUUCCUGUAGAACUGAAUGCACUAUUGCACUUUUUUCUCCUCUCCUUUGUUUUCCAAUAUCAACGAUUCCUCCCUUCCUUCUGCAUGAACUGCUUUCAUAAUUGUCUUGCAUUUUUGCAACCCAGGUGAUCUCGGAACUCGGAGGAGGCCUGGCACUAGUUGUAAAAACUUUGUCCCAGACAUUCAUUUCCCUGUGCAAGACACAGACACAAAGUUUCAAACAGUUUCACAAAAGAAUCAGGGCGUGACAAGUGACUAAAGUUCUGUAUUUCUAUUCUUUUGCUAGUCCCAGUCCUUUUGCUCACCGUCAGAUCACCUGGACAGCGGCUUGUACGUUUGACCCAGUGCGUUUGACACAAAUACGAUUCAAGGGAAUUUUCCUUCGCUCGUAGGCAAUAUUUGCAACUUAUAGUCCUCUUCUUCUGUUAUUUCUUUUCAUAUUCUGUCAAUGUCCCUCCUUGGAUGUAAUGGUUCUUGAAUAAUCAUAAACUUCCUUUCUUCCUGCCCAUUUGCUUGUGUUUUUAAGUUGUAGUUUAAAGUAACAAUUCUCUUUUGCUUGACUAAUAUUUUAUAUUAAAAAGUUUAUUUUUUGAAGUCGCGUCCGCAGUCACCUCCAAAAGCCAACAUAUCACAUGCAAUAUUGCAUUUGCAUGCAAUAUUUGCAUUUUUGUCCUGAACAACUUUUGGUUGAAUUAGGAGCGUGCGGCACGCUUGAAUAAACGGCUUAUAGUCAUACAUGAAUACUUCCUAAAUUCGUGAACAUACAAUCUGUUGACUAUAAAGUUAAGUUUUUAUCUCAAUUUUAAACAAUUCAGUAGUUUUUGUUCCGUCCCAGUUUUCAGUGAUAGGACAAGAUAUUUUAGUCUUGUUGUUCAGUUUUAGUCGUUGCUGUUGAUUUUGUUAUUUUUAAAGCUUAGUUGUUGCAUUUGUUUUUAAAAUUCUUUUAGCACUAGCCAGUUAGUUUUAGUUUAUUAACUUUAUAUACAUGUAGGCAUGACUAAAAAAUAGGGUUAUACGGUAGUUGUACGUUCUAGUUGGCAUCAAGUCUUGCGAUUAUCAUUAGCGUAGCCAGCCAGACGAUUUAAUCCCGCUAUGCAAAUAUUUUCGUGUUCAUUGACUGUGAAAUCAAUCAAUUUCUAAAGAAAUGAAUAAUGAUAAUAAUUUUGAAUUUGCAUAGCGGGACUAAAUUGUUGGGCUGGCUACGCCACUGGCGAUUAUAUCUAGAAUCUAGACAAAUUUUACAUAAAAUUUGUUUUGCAUAAACUUGUUUUCAAACGUUGGCAAGGGGUACAGCGUAAGUAUAUACAUUGAGGUAAAACGACAGUUAUUCUACUGUAUGUGAUAAUUCCUGACAUAACCAAGCCUUUUGUAAUUACAUUUUUAUUGCUCGACAGAUUUGCCCUCGCGGUGGUUUCUGUACUAUUGGAUCAUUCAAGUCUCAACCCUGUCCUGCAGGCACUUACAGUGUGACUGGUGGAGCAACAAAUAACCAGGAUUGUGCAUCAUGUGACGCAGGAUUCUAUUGUGCAGAUGCAAGUCAACCACGUCCAGAUGGUCCGUGUACUGCUGGGUAUUACUGCACUAGCGGAUCGCAAACUCCCAACAAAACCAUAACCAAAGCUGGAUACUUUACCCCGGCCGGCUCGUCUGAAGCACAGCCUUGUCAACCGGGAUUCUAUAAUCCAUACGAGAAACAAAGUCAGUGUUUCACUUGCGAUGCUGGAUAUUACUGUCCAAGCAAUAAAAUGACGAACAAGAGUGUUUGCCCAGAAGGUUACUAUUGUCCUGAAGGGAGCCACAGGACGUACGCGUGUCCACCAGGAACGUUUAAUAAUUAUACAGGGGGAUCGUCUCUUAAUGAUAGUUGUAAAUCGUGUCCCACUGGAUGGUUUUGUCAAGGCGCUGCUAAUCUACUGCCAGAAGGUUGGUGGUUUCAAUAAGGUGUUAUUAUACAUGUGUAGAUCAUUUCUAGAACUUACGCCCAAUCAUUUCUUAAAGCCUGCUGUGCGUUGUUUUUUACGAUAUUGAGCUAUCAUUUUUGUUAAAAAAUAAGGCGCGGGAAAUUCAACAUUUGUAUGUAAUGUCCGGCAGAGUGUUAUCAGUCUAGUAUGUCAAACCAUCUUGAAAUUAAAAAAGACUUAAACUAAAAAUAUAUUUUUAUUGUGACACACUUUCGUUUUCGUGAAAACUAGGUUAUUAACUGUUUUGGUCAAUAUUUAGGCAAACUCGCGGCCAAUGUAUUAUACACGUUCUCACUGUUGUCUUAUUAUUCUUGCUCACUUUAAAUUAUUUUUUAAAAACCUAUAACUUUACUUUUGUAAAAGUUGAUGUUUUGUUUGAGCUAACAUGCAAAUAUUUCCUCGCUAUACAAUCCAGAAUAGUCGUGUUAUCAGUUUGUAAUACUAUGAUCACCAAGUAUUUGCGAACCUCAAACGGAAAUCAGUAGCAGAAAAUUAAUUUACAUUAGUAUUAUGUCUGCGCAUAUAUACAAGCAAUAUAUGAUCUCACAAUGAUUUUGAUUGAAUCGCCCAUAUUAGUUUAUUUAUUACUGUACGUACUACAUGACAAAAUUGCUGCAACCCGAUUGGAAUGCAAUUUUUUUCCACUUCUAUAUAAGAGGGGUGCAAUUUUUCACUAAUUGCACUCACCAGGACUCAUGAGUGAAACAAUGACUAUAUAUAUAUGCUCGCAAGGAAUUUAGUUGCUAACAGAGUCGAAGGAUUUUUACUCGCUGGGGCACCUGUGCCCGGGCGAGUAUAGGUUUCGGCACACAUUUUUAGUGGAUUUCCAAUAGUGGAUCGCAAUUUUCUUGUAUAGCCACAAAAUAGAAUAUUAAUGAGCUACCCACUUUAUCCUUUUCAAAAUGGCGGCCUUGGUGGAGUGAGCAAAGUGUUUCGAACAAUUUCGUUAAAAUUUUCAACGAAUUGUACCUGUUUUCUAUGGAUUUAGCAUUGUGUCUAACUUUGGACAUUCUUGCUAGUUUAGUUAAUGCAUUUUUCUUGGUGCACGACUCUGAAAAUCCGAAAUUUGGAUCGUUGAAUAACUUGAAUUCCUGUGCACGAUCAUAUAAUAUACUGAAUCUGAAUAUAAACGAGCCAAAGACAUGCACAAUUUCAAGGUAAAAGGUUAUAACUUAAACUACAUAACGUAGUUUUAAUAGAUAACUACUUGAUGAGAAGCAUAUUGGUGUCAUAUCAAUAUAAAAUUUAUCCAACAACAGUCUCUAAGGCCUAAAUACUUAUAGUUAGCUGUGAACGUAAACUGCAGUGUGAAAUAUGAUAUUGUAAUUGUAAUGCUUAAUCUAAUGGCGCAAUAAGGAAAAAAUACCACCGUUUGAUUCAGUGCAAGAAAUUGUACUUACGGAUGUCAAAUGUAUUACUAAACAACAAUAUUCUAGCAAUUUAUGGCCUUUGAAAAUCAAACGAAAUUGUAUUGUUGACUAUUAAAUCGCUCGCAGACCUCUCGCAGUAUGUGUUUACUGUUGUUGACAAUCACUCGACACUCGCAGUACGUUUGACUUCGUAUUUGUACUGUCUAAUGGCGCAAUAAGGAUAAAAAUAUCACCGUUCGAUUCAGCGUAAGAAAUUGUACUUACGGAUGUCAAAUGUAUUACUACACAACAGUAUUCUAGCGGUUUAUGGCGUUUGUCUUUGAAAGCCAAGCGAAAUUGUAUUGUUAACAAAUCGCUCAAAAUUUAUAUUAAACUAAUUAUAAAAAAUGCAGUACGUUUGAUCCUUGAUAACUUUGGUAUCGUUGGUUUUCCCUUUUUCGUCCGUACACCAGUAGAUUCGUCUCACUUCUCUCUUCAUUUUGAUAGUAUUUUGAGCCCAAAAAUAUUAUAUUUCGCACGUUUUUAAGUGCAGUUUAACCCUAGCCAAAAAUUAUUUUGAACGUUUUUAAGCGCAGUUUAAUCCUAGCCGGCGGAAACGCAGGAAGUUUUAUUUGUAGACCACAUGUAAUAGUACUGUUUCUGAUUGUAUAAGUCCUGAACUGAGGUCAUUAUACUAACAGAAACUUCAAAACUGAGCCACCUACCUGCAAUACAAGCCUACUAAUUUGAGAGCGGCAGCAUGCACUCUCACCUUAAUUAACAAGCAAAAUCGACUGGUUUAAUAAUAAAGUAGGGUGCAUGAUUGCCAUUGGGGCACAAUGCAAAUCAGUGGGAUAAUAAACAAUAUUAUAACAUGGUAUUCACCUAAAUAAACUGCAGAGCACUGUUAUAUGUUGAUAUGGUUCAAAACAGAGUGAACAAAACUCGCGCUCAGUUUCCCGCUUAGCUUGGGAUCAUACAUGGUAAUGUGCGUAUUUGUAUAUAGCCCCAGCGAGUUAACGCUCUAUGGAGCGUCUUGUUUCUUUUAAUUUUCCUUCAUCAACAUGUAUAUGAGCGAUUAGAAGUCAAAGAAAAUCUUUGUUCCUUAGUACUAGUUUCCGUCUUGCAUAUCAAUAUGAGUGCGGGCAGAUUAGAAGACAAAGGGACUGAAAACGUCCUUUAUGUAUGAACAAUGAGGGAAAUACAAUGUUUAUCUUUUCUCUGAGAACAAAAGAAUCCGAGUCGAUCAUGGCGCUUUUGACUUGAGCAAUAUUGUUCUCAGUGAUGUUCAACAAUAAAUAAGUUAUUAAAAUUAUUGAACAAAUGAUAUGUAUAUAUAGUGACAUAUUUUCUUUUCUUUCAGGGAAAUGCAGUGCUGGCCAUAUCUGUUUCGGUCGAGCCCAAGGCAAAGAUCCUGCAUUUGUAAAAGGGAAAUUAGAGUGGGGAAAACUCUGUGACGCAGGUCACUACUGUGAGGAAGGAGCGACGUAUGAAAUACCGUGUCCUAAGGGAACAUACAGGUUAGAAUAUAUUUUAAACUAAAAGAAACUAAACCAAAGUUAAAGAAAACCCAACUUAACUGAACUGAACUAAAUUUAACAUUGAAAAAGCUAUUUCCUUAAGUGAACAAUAAGAGCUAUCCAUAUGGAGAUAUUGUUAUACAGGAGGAAUGAAUACUGAGAAAACCUACCCAAAGUUGAGCCAGGUUGAAGCAAUCCCUCACAUAUAGUUAGAUCAAAAUUAUAUUUAUAGAGGAAAGUUUUGUAGACAGGUUAAUUAAUGGAACUCCAACAUGAUUUCUUACACUGAAGAAAGUCAACUGUAAAAUUUGACACGAGGGGGGAUUUACACUCACACCACUUUCAACAGAGAUUGGGGCGAUUUUAUUCCAUUUUAGUUGCACGAAUUUUUUUUGCAACUACGUAAACGCUAUCCAUGCAAAGAUGUGCAGUGUUUUGUUUCAUUACAUAGUUGGAGUACUGAGCCAUCCUUGCAAAAACACGAAGAGAAUGUCUAAAAAAAACUGUAAUAGAAUCGAACCCGAAGCUGUAAUACAGUAGAAUCGGAAUUCCUCCAAUUCUGCAUGUAGAAUUAACGGUAGACUUGAGUCCCGAAAGUGCGAGUUCAUUAAGAAUCAUGGUGGAGACUUUCUGUUCAUAUUUCUCUGAGAAUGAAUAUGUAAUUAAGGGAACGCUUAUUACAAAGGCUUUUUUCCACUAAUUGCAAAUUGUGUUAAAAUAAAUUUGGAGCAUUUGAUUUUUGUGAUGAUUAUGUAAACGAGGCUCCAGUGUCAAUGCAUUUGAAGUUGAUCACUAUGCAUAUGUAUAGCAGCAUAUAAAUAUUUAACUGAAACUCACUUCCAUGCAAGUUCGUUACACACAGAGAAUAUGAAGAUUAUGAUUCAUUCUGUCUGGUGAUUGUAAUUGUAUUAAUUGCUCUUAGGUUAGGAAAAGGCGGGAAAAGUGUAGACGAUUGCACUCCAUGUGACGACGGUAAAUUUUGUAACGAUACUGGUCUAAUUCGAGUUACCGGGGAUUGUUCUCCAGGCUACUACUGCCGGCGAGGAUCGCCUCUCUCUGAGCCAAACAAUGGCACUCAUGGUGGACUGUGUCCUAAAGGAAAUUAUUGUGAAAAAGGAUCAAAGAGUCCUGAUAACCCAUGCAAAGAAGGUAAAUUAGACAUUGCUUCUUACUUCAUUUCUACUAUACUAGGCGGUGAAUCCCUUAGCGUGGUGUGACAUGUCCUCCCCCGGACUAUUUUGCACGAGGUUAUUUUCUUGAUGGAUUUUUUGUCUGAUUUAACACCUGUUGAAAAGGUUAAGAAACUCUCAGAAUAACCCAUUUCGUUUUGACUUCACCAGCUCUUGAAGAACCAAUUUUGAAAAUUAACAAGGGUGAAUGGUAGUAGCGAAGUAAUUAGCCAUUUCCUAAUCGAGCAGAUGACUGGAUCUAGUUGAUGUUUGUAGGGACGUUUGGAGGGACAACAAAUUAUACUGAGCGAGCUAAAUAUAUAUUAAAAGAUGCCUUAUUAUAAUUGUUGCGUUUCAGGCCGCACAAAUAACUUUAGGAAUGUAGGAAAACUUCCAUGUUGUUUAUUGUCCUCUGCUCGAUUGGGAAAUGGCUAAUAGGCCUUAUGCAUAAUGACAUCACAAGGCUUGAUGCCCGCGAGGAAUGCUGGUCUUAGUAGUCUUCGCCCGGGAAAAUUAAAAUAUUCUUGGGCGAUGACUACUAAGACCAGCAUUCCUCGCGGGCAUCAAGCCUUGUGACGUCAUUAUGCAUAAGGUCUAUUGUGGUUCGCUGCUGUAGCAAUUUACAAUUUUCAAGUGGCGAGUAGUUUUUAACUGCUUUUUUAAAACAGUAGUUGUAGCUGUAGCGAAUUACAUUUUUCAUUUCUCAGUACACAGCUAAAAACGAUCAGGUUGUUGCAAUAUUGAUGAAAACAGGAUUGAACAAUGUUGUGCGGCCCACAUUGUUCACACUUGUCAACAAUGUUCCAGCCUCGUACCCAGGCGCAAAUAACGUACUAAAAAUUAGCAACACUACAGUGUUUUUAUAUAGAUCAGUGGCUAAGAGAGCGCCCAAGCACCCCCGCGCGCUCGCUCAGCCACUGAUCUAUAUAAAAAACCUGUAGUGUUGCUGUUUUUUAGUACGUUAUUUGCGCCUGGGUACGAGGCUGACAAUGUUCAACAAUAUUGUUACACCCGAUUCAGGCUCAACAAUAUUGUUCAAUAUUGUUGACAAGUGUGAACAAUUUGGGCCGCACAACAUUGUUCAAUCCUGUUAAACUGUUAACAGGCUUAUACUUUUUACACGUGUAGUUUAUUACUUAUCAGCGAACAAUCGCUAUUUGCUACUUUAGUUUCAAAUAUUUAUCAAUUGACACGUAACAGAUUAUUGUAUCACGCCGAAUCUCACUGCCAAAGCGUGCAAAUUUUUUAUCCUCUUAGUUUCACGUCUUGGUGAAACACUGAGUUGUAAAUUACAAAAACUCCAGAACCGAGCGGCAAGGGUCAUCUUGAGGACAAAUAAUGAUGCCAAUGCAGGCAUACUUCUAGAUACUUUGUGUAUAAUACUUUGCGAUAAUCUUUCCUUACGACGGAAAAAAAACACAAAGCUAAAUUUGUUUUUAAGACAAUGAAUGGAAAUAUGCCCACCUAUCUAGAAGAUUAUUUUUCUGUUCGUGGCUUGGACUAUAAUAUACGAAAUUCUGAAAUGAAAUUAAACUUGCCCAAGCCGCGAACAAAUUACUUAAAACGAAGUUUUUGCUAUAGCGGAGCAGUGUUGUGGAAUACUCUCCCCCACAACAUACGAAGGCUUAAAUCGUUCUCUCAGUUCAAGAAAGCAGUAAAUGAGUAUUUACAAACUUAAACCGACUCCCACACGGCAAUCUUGUAAACCAGUAUCUAGAUUAAUUUGCUAUUUUUAUAUUUAAUUUAUCUUAUUUCUUAUUCUACCAUGUUUAAAUAAAUUUUAUUGUAUUGUAAUUACUGUACUGAAGAUUCUACCGUGUUUAAAUAAAUUUUAUUGUAUUGUAUUGUAAAUACCAUGCAACAUACUGAUAUGUAUGUUGAUACCAGACAACACAGAUUGUGUUGUGUUAUGUUACGUUGCGUUGCGUUGCGUUGCAUUGCAUAUUGCAUUGUAUUGUAUGAUGAUUGACAACAAGAUGUGUUCGCAACAAGCUUGUAGCAAGCUUGUGAACAAGUCGUAAUGCUGUUAUUUUAUCAAGUUGUUACAAGGUUGUCACUCACAACUUGUUGACAAACUGUUGAAUUGCAGGACGAUAACAAGUUGUUGGAACAACUUGUGACAAGUUUGUUGAGCUCAAUAACGUACCUUGCAGCAAGUUGUCAGCAAGCCGUAGACAACUUAUCAAGAAGCUGGGAACAAGCAGUGCGAACACAUCCUGUUGACAAGUUGUUGGAACAGCAUUGCUACAAGUCAAUUUGCUAUACAGUAGCGAACUACAUUUCGAGUCACGUAGCAGUUAGUCUGUAGCUGGCGGUUUUAAGGGUUGGGGUUAAGGCGCGGGGAACAAAAAUUAGGGAGGUGAGGCGUGGCAAAGGGGAAAAUGCGGGCGAGAAACGCCUCAACCCAACCCUUAAAACCGCCAGCUACGCAGGCUACGUAGCAGUAGUUGUCGCUGACUAGGGAACUACAAACAUUUUGUACUCAACCCGCCCUUGAAAAUACGACAGGGUGUAUAAAAAAAGAUAAUCGAACUUCAGCGCGCUAUUGUAUCUGAAUUACUCUGCGUAUGAACGAGAUUUUUUCACAUUCGAAAAGUUCAUGCUUUUAGCUGUUGAUGAUAUGAAACUGAAUUGUUCAUACGCCGAGUAAUUCACGUAUAAUAGCGCGCUGAAGUUCGAUUACGUUUUUUUUAUUCACCCUGUAUAAUGAUGUUACAUAAUCACUGUAAUCAUUUGAUAGUUUGAUCACAUGUACAAUCAGUCGGAAUAUGUGGGGAAAUUGAUAGUCACUCAUAUUUUUGUUCAUGCAAGAACAGGCUUUUUAUUUAUAUUGAAUUAUUUUUUAGGUUAUUAUGCUGAUAAAACUGGGAUGUUUGAAUGUACAGUAUGCCCCGCCGGCAAAUACUGUCCUCGAGGCUCUGACGUUCCUCUGCCUUGCCCUCGUGGAUCCUACUGCAUUAUAGGAAAUGAUGUUCGAGAGAAUGGUGUUCCAGUUCCGUGUCCAAAAGGAACGUUUGGCAGUCGCGAAGGUUUAGAAGAAGAAAAUGAAUGCACGGGUUGCACUCCGGGUCAUUACUGUGUCCAAGCGAAGUUGUCUAAUGUUACUGGCCUGUGUGCGGCAGGCUACUGGUGUAAGACAAGAGCAAUAACUGCCACUCCUGGGAGUAGUGAGUAG